GCACUUUUUGUGUAUUGCUCCAGAUUCCAGCAUCUGCAGAAUUUCUUGUCUCCAUUAACUGCCCUGCAUGGUCUUUAAAGGUACAGCUCCUUGAAAUUAAGGAAAUGAAGAAUGAUCCUUGGGAAUUUGAAGUCAGUAAAGACAACUCCACUGUGUAAGGAAGGGGAGAGAAAACAGAAGUUUAGGCCAAUGAAAGUCAAAAAGAAACUGCAGAUGCUGUAAAUACUUACCAGAAUGAAUCUGAUGGCAGUUUAUUAGAUCUGAAGACUCUGGUUGAAAACCAGUUACAAACAACCAUGAUGAUAGGAGUAAUUUUGGGGGCUGGUGUGGCAGUGGUGCUGAUUGCCACCACCAUUCUCAUUGUACAUAGGCGGCUGCAAGAGAGAAAAAUUCAAGCUCAGGAAACUCCCAAAUACAGAUUCCGAAAACGUGACAAAGUAAUGUUCUACGGCCGCAAGAUCAUGAGAAAGGUGUCCCAAUCCACAUCUUCCUUUGUUGGAACUUCGAUAAGACCAAGAGCAAAAAGGAAACAAAAAAUGCUGAUCAUUGCAAAACGGUUCUUGCACAUUAAUAAGGAAGUUCCAACCCUACAACCGAAGGAGCCCCCACCCUCUGUUCUUGAGGCUGAUUUAACUGAAUUUGACGUUGCCAGCUCACACUUGCCUUUGGAAGUACUGUAUAUGCUGAAAAAUGUCAGAGUUCUGGGCCACUUUGAGAAGCCUCUGUUUCUGGAGCUGUGUAAACACAUGGUCUUCCAGCAAUUUCAGCAAGGAGAAUAUGUCUUUAAACUGGGGCAGGCGGACAACAGCAUCUAUGUGGUACAGGAUGGCAAACUGGAGCUCAGCCUGAUGGGGCCUGAAGGUAAAGAAUGUGUGGUAAAGGAGGUUUUCCCUGGUGAUAGUGUACAUAGUUUGCUCAGCAUUCUUGAUGUCAUUACUGGUCACCAACGACCAUACAAAACUGUGUCAGCUCGAGCUACUGAAGUAUCAACUGUACUUUGCUUACCCGUGGAGGCAUUCCAGACAAUCUUUGAGAAGUAUCCUGAAAGUCUGGUCAGGGUGGUGCAGAUCAUCAUGGUGAGGCUGCAGAGGGUGACUUUCGUGGCUUUACACAACUACCUGGGCCUGACUAACGAGCUGUUCAAUCAGGAGAACCAGCCUUCACGUCUGCUUCCUCAGCCGAACUCUGCCACUCGGAUGAGCCCUGUGCGACACAGACGGUUCAUAAGUACGUCGGUUGCCGAUGAUCAGAAGGAUGCAGCUGGGAAAUCGAGUUCAGAUGUAGGGACUGAGGGACCAAAGGCACAGACUUCGGAGAACAAUCGGGCUGCGUUGCUGAGCCGGUGUAUAUCCAUGCCAGUGGACAUUUCAGGAAUACAGAAAGGAAUGUGUUCAGAUUUUGAUAUGGCAUAUGAAAGAGGGAGGAUUUCAGUGUCCCUGCAAGAGGAAAUACCAUUUUAUCCUUCUUCAUUUAGCAGAACAGCAUCACAAGAUACUAGGGAGCGCAAGUCUGUGACUGUGGAGGGACAGCCAUCAUCUGUGUUCCUUUAUCCAGAGGAUGAACCAGAUGACAUCUAUGGAGCAGAACAGGUGAAACCCGUUGGAACGAUUUUUGAGGAGGCAAAGCAGGAGCUCUUGAAGUUGAUGCGGAUCGAGGAUCCAUCACUUCUCAACAAUCGCGUAACACUGCACCAUGCCAAAUCUGGGACCUUGCUAGCCCGUCAAGGAGACCAGGAUGUCAGUUUACAUUUUGUGUUGUCUGGCUGCUUGCACAUUUACCAGCGAAUGAUCGAUAAGGAGGACGACGUGUGCCUAUUUGUGACCUACCCUGGUGAAAUGGUGGGCCAGCUGGCUGUCCUGACAGGGGAACCGCUGAUCUUCACCAUCAAAGCAAACCGCGACUGCAUCUUCCUCAAGAUCUCCAAAUCCGACUUCUACGAGAUAAUGCGUGAACAGCCCAAUGUUGUCCUCAGUACCGCACACAAUGUGGCUGUUAGAAUGUCUCCAUUUGUCCGUCAGAUGGACUUUGCAAUUGACUGGAUGGCAGUGGAAGCAGGCCGCGCCCUCUACAGGCAGGCUGACCGAUCGGACUGCACCUACAUUGUGCUGAAUGGGCGCCUGCGAUCUGUGAUCCGAAAGGCUAACGGCAAAAAGGAGCUCGUAGGAGAGUAUGGACGUGGGGAUCUGAUUGGAGUGGUGGAAGCCCUGACACGUCAGCCCCGAGCCACCACGAUGCAUGCUGUUCGUGACUCGGAACUGGCCAAGUUACCCGAGGGAACACUGAACAACAUCAAGAGGAGGUAUCCUCAGGUAGUCACGCGGUUGAUUCACCUGCUGGGUCAGAAGAUCCUGGGCAAUCUGCAGCAAGUGCAUGGACCGUUCCCAGGGUCCAGCUUAGGACUUUCGACAGCUAGCAGUGCUGAUGUAACAAACCCUACCAGUAACCUUUCCACUGUGGCUGUGCUUCCUGUCUGUGAUGAGGUGCCAAUUGCUGCCUUUGCCAUGGAGCUGAUGCAUGCACUCAAUGCAAUUGGCCCGACAUUACUGAUGACCAGUGAUAUCAUUAGGCAGCGACUGGGUGCAUCGGCAUUGGACAGCAUCCAUGAAUACCGUCUCUCAGCUUGGCUGGCCCAGCAAGAGGAUAUACAUCGUAUUGUGUUGUACCAGACUGACUACAGCAUGACUCCUUGGACCCAACGCUGUAUUCGACAAGCCGAUUGCAUCUUGAUAGUUGGACUUGGAGAUCAGGAACCCUCCUUGGGGCUGCUGGAGCAGAUGUUGGAGAACACGGCAGUGCGAGCACUGAAGCAACUCAUCCUUUUGCACAAGGAAGAUGGCCCCAGUCCUUCCCGCACCGUUGAAUGGCUGAACAUGAGGAGCUGGUGCUCGGGGCACUUUCAUAUCAAGUGUCCUCGCAGGAUCUUCUCACGCAGGAGUCUCCAAAAAUUGACAGAGUUGUAUGAGAAAGUAUUUCAGAAACCCGCAGACCGACACAGUGACUUCUCCCGACUGGCCCGGAUCCUAACAGGGAACACGAUUGCAUUGGUGUUGGGAGGAGGAGGAGCCAGGGGAUGCUCACAUGUGGGAGUAAUGAAGGCUAUGGAGGAGAUUGGAAUCCCAGUCGAUAUCAUCGGUGGAACCUCCAUUGGGUCAUUUAUCGGGGCGUUGUACGCAGAAGAGCGGAGUGCAGUGAGGACCAAACAGAGAGCAAGGGAGUGGGCAACUGCCAUGAAUUCUGUCUUUAAAACAGUAUUAGACCUGACCUAUCCGAUCACAUCAAUGCUCUCGGGCUCUGCCUUCAACACAAGCAUUGCUGAUGUCUUUGAGGACAAACAAAUUGAGGACCUGUGGAUCCCAUACUUCAACGUGACAACUGAUAUUACUGCAUCUGCAAUGAGGGUGCACAAGGAUGCAGGCAGCAUCUGGCGUUACGUCAGAGCGAGUGCAUCUUACGUCCCUUAUUUGCCUCCUCUCUGUGACCCCAAGGACGGGCAUUUGCUUGUGGAUGGCUGCUAUGUAAACAAUGUCCCAGGCUCGCUGUGGCGGUACGUGCGAGCUAGCAUGUCCCUCUCGGGAUACCUGCCGCCACUCUGUGACCCAAAGGACGGACACUUGCUGAUGGAUGGAGGAUACACCAACAACCUGCCAGCUGAUAUCGCCAAAACUAUGGGUGCCAAAACAGUCAUUGCCAUUGAUGUGGGAAGCAGGGAUGAAACCGAGUUGUGUAACUAUGGAGACAGCCUUUCGGGAUGGUGGUUGCUUUGGAAACGCCUAAAUCCGUGGGCAGAAAAAGUUAAAGUCCCAGAUAUGGCAGAGAUCCAGUCACGACUGGCCUACGUGUCCUGUGUCCGACAGUUGGAGGUGGUGAAAAGCAGUGCGUACUGUGAAUACAUCCGCCCACCUAUUGAUAGGUUUAAAACCAUGGACUUUGGCAAGUUUGAUGAAAUUUAUAAUCUUGGAUACCAGUAUGGGAAGGUGGUGUUCGGUAACUGGAGCAGGGGGGACAUUAUCGACAAGAUGCUGAAGGACAGAAAGUCCGUUGACUAUUACGAAAUUAAGAAGAAGAAUGCCUUCAUGUCCUCGAACGCUGCAUUCACUGACCUCGCUGAGAUAGUGUCUCGCAUCGAGCCUCCAAAGAGCUACAAUGUGGCAGAUGAAGAGUCGGAUUAUCUGACUGAGUACGAAGACGAUGCGGUGGAUGCAAUGAGGGAUGAUGAUGAAGACCAAGAGGAACAGGAUGGGAACGAGGAGCUGGAUGAUCAGGAAUAUUCAGAACAAGACCAUCCAACUGCAGAAUGGAACAUGGAACCGGAUGAAGAAAGCAGUGUAAGAAACCGUAAGCCAGGCUCCAGCACCCAGGAAUCCCCUUCUCCACCUGACAGUGAAGCUUAAACAGUUCAUGGAGCCCUGCACUGCACGUUAACCCUGCCCUCCAACUCGCAGAUCAAUAACUUAGCAAAACAAAGGAAUCUACAAAAUUACGCAGUUGAACCAGGGGCGUCUUUCCGAGUGGUCUGGGAAUGAGCUUUGUUUUUUAUAUUACACCUCCUUCCUCCUCUUUCAUCACAAGGGCCGUUAUUGAGAAGCACCCAGGGUACAGGUGGUACAGCCGACUGCAGUAGGUGGAGUUUGCGGUCACUGGUAACAUUCCUGCUUCCUCUGGAAUUGAUCUGCUGAAUCGGUUUCGUCCUUGGAGGAAACGUGCUGCUCAUUUCCGAAGCUUUUUAACUCUGUGAGGAGAUCAGGUCACCUGCCUGGGGUCUGUUCCUCGCUCCCCUGCUCUCUGGCCCCACCACUGGUAUAGGCUGAGCUGGGCUGCAUGUACCUGGGCUUCUGGUGCAAGAACCCUUACAGGGAAAGGAGGCUGAGUUACAAAAGUCGUACGGUGUGGUUGAUACAGCCUUGUUGAAACCCCAUUGUAAACCCCCGGGGAAUCUGGCCCAUGACUGGCAGUACUGCUCCACAGAGAUGGGGCUUCUGGAUAAAAUGGCAUGAAUGCAGCUCAGACAGUGAGUUGGUGUCCUCGCUGAAAGAGACCGUACCUUUGGUGUUGUCCUGGGAGGUGCAGUGGUUGGCAUGGCAGUGCCAGAGACCCAGGCUCAAUCCCGACCUCAGGUCCUGUCUGUGUGGAGUUUGCACGUUCUCCCUGUGACUGUGUGGGAUUCCUCUGGAUACUGUAGUUUCCUCCCACAUCCCAAAGACGUGCAGGUUGGUAGGUUAAUUGGCUGCUGUACAUUAAUAUGUAAAUGAGUGGUAGAAUCUUGGAGUUGAGAAUGUGGGAAGAAUAAAUUCGGAUUAGUGUUAGAUGAGUGUAAGUGGGUGGCUGAUGGACACUGCAGACUCCUGGGCAAAGGGCCAGUGUCCAUGCUGACUAUGGUGUUACUGAACCACACUUGGUAGGCUGUCUGGUUGGAUGGUGAUUGAGUCACCCACUGGUUUCUCUGAAUUACAUUCACCUCUGACACACUGCACAUGACUGCAGGUGACUUACCCAUUUCUUCUCUCUCUCUCUCGCUCACUCUCUCUCUCUCUCUCUCUCGCUCUCAUUCUUUUCCUAUCUUGCCUGAAUGUAAAACGUCAGUCACGUCAGCCCAUUUAUACAGACUGGGACACAAGGUGGAGAUCUCCCUGGUGUGCCUCUCUGCAGCUGCUUUGAGCACACUGGGAUGUCUGUCAUGCAGCUCGAGAGGAUGCACGAGCUAUGGAGGUGGGAGAAAAAGAAUGAAGCAAGUAGUUCAAAAAUUACAGUAACAACACACGCCUGAGUAGCUCCACACCCCCUGUAAUGGCUUGAGAGCUGAAAACUGGCGGGAGCUUCGCCUCACAUCCUGGGUUGGAUGGGGCUCCGAAUGACUUGUUCCUCCUUCCUUCCUGGGCACUCAUGUAAUGUGUCUGGGUCUGGUGUUAAAGCAGUAAUAUUCAUUUAUCUUGCAGCACUGAUCAUAUGGUGGGAAUGUUUAAUUUUGAUGGUAAAUUAUUGCUUCCAACUCUUCGAUCACUUCACUGCUUUUAAUCUGUGGCUCUCUUACCCUUCUCCCUGACUUCUCAAGGUGUUGCUUUAUUUGCUACCAGGCUAAUAAUAUUACAGAUGAACUCCCACUUGUGUUCCUUGGAUUACUGCUGCUUCUGGGAAUCCGACACCAAAUCCUAAACCAAUUUCUAACGGCUGUGAACUGCCAGCUUGCAGUCUCCGCCUGCAUCUGUGCUGUCUGGCAGGCCAGGGCAAGGGGUCUCUCCCAGGUGUAAGCUUGAGGAGAGCAGAGGGAGGGACUCUGUACCUGACAGGCAAAGGCUCAGCUGGCCUUGUUACUGCUGUAUCAUCUGGCCCUCAGAGAAAACACUUGGGUCUGUAACUGGAGCACAGUCCCAUUCACUGCCUCCAUCCAUCCUGUCACAGACUGUGACCCACGAGCUCACAGACACCUCCCUACUGUGAGUGGUGGGCAAUGGUGUGAGUGGCCGAUGGGUGUUCCAACCACACAACGGUGGGCAGGCCCUACACAGUACUUCAUUAGUCACUCCCGGCCCACUCAGCUGGCUUCCAAUCUGGACAGGAACAUAUAAAAUUGUCCUUUGGUGUGUGGAGUUAGGGAGACUGACAUUCAGAGAGACUGCUGUGGGCAGAUUUGCUCUGUGGACCUGGUUACAUGAAUGGCGGACUGUGGUUACUCCAUGGGCUUGCAGUUAGAUACCUCCAGCAUUUGAGUAGUGCUACUACUAGGUCCUGUAAGAUCACACUUCCACUUUCUAAAGACGGUUACCUGCUGGGUAAAGUGGCAAAGCCCAGAUCUGGUCUGGCUACUCCAGGGUGAUUGUGGGGCAUUAGCUUGGGGUCCUGAGGGCGAUUCCACCCUCUGUGGGGAAGUUGGUGCUGGUCACCAGCUGGCUUCAAUCAAAAGCUGUGGGGAGUGAGGUACCUGGGGAAUGGGGAGAGACUGGCACAAACCCUGACUGUUCCUAACCUGUCCUUUCACCUCCAAAACACCCACACUAACGAUGCAACUUUCAGUUGAACUUUUCUAACAUAACAACGCUAUUUGCACUGGUCAAUGAUAGGAAUUAGAUAAUUUCGUGCAUCUUUGUGGACCUCAUUUGAAAUAAAUAACGAGAUUUAUUUAUAAUAUUGGAUAAUGAACCAAUAUAUUGUUGACUAGCAAGGGGAGUCGUAUCAUUUUGUGAUGCUGUGAAUAUUCGAAGAGUAUAAUGAUAUUAAA